UUAAAGGCUAUAAUUUUUUUAAGUCUAUUGUAUAGCAGUUUUGAUUUUCUAUUGACAACACUAUUGUCGGGUAUCGCUAACGGGAUAUACAUAUGAUAUACAGUAUAUAAACAUCAAUCAAAUUAAUUGUUAUACAUAUUAUCAUUGAUAUCAACGAUGUCAUCGGUGUCCUCAUCGUUGUCGUCCACAACAACAACAACAAUCGCUUGUGUUUGCGGAUCCGCAGAUCACCGAUCAGUUUACUUUCCGAUAUCACGCAAAGCACUAGACGAAGAUCUGGAUGACUACCAGUACUGCUAUUGUCCGCAUAAGGUUACUGAGGUUAAAGUGGCCGAUCUGAUCAAACAGGCGGUGGCCGACAGCGAUAAUAUCCGGUUAUGGUUGUACAAAGUGUAUCAUUGUGGCGUCUACGGCGGCGCCAACGUCACCAAUACUAGUCUGGUGUCACCGACCAGUGUCAUCAGUUUCAGCGGCGGCUUCGGCGACCCUUAUAUCAAAAUUGAUGGCCAACAACAACAACAGACAAUAUAUCGGUUCGAGAUUAAGCCCUCUUCGAUAAAACUAUGGAUAAAGUUGGUCGGCGUACAAGAAAUUCAAUUGAAACCAUUGUUUAAGGCUUUCUAUAAUAAUGCGGAACCGUUUAGACGGAAAAUCAAACCGUUAGAGAUGCCAAUAAUUGGCAAAUUGAUUGAUUGUAUAGCAAUUACUUCUAGAUAUAAAUUUCGGGUCUAUUUGACCGAAAAAGUUGAUUCACUAAUUGAAGGUUUAGAUAGACGAGAGCUUAGCUAUGAUAUGCCUAUAAGCAGGGCCUGGCUUUACGGCCAGUUUGCCGAUAGUUUGAUUGUUAUUAGUUCAGAUAGUUAUCCUAAUAAUAAUCAACUUAUUGUUAAUAAUCCACAAUCCAUGGCUAAAGCCCUAAACGAUGCCCUCAUCACUGUCAACAACAACAAUAAUUUGGAUCAAAUCAAUACUAAUAUAGAAAAGUUGUCGGAAACAAUCAAAAAGUGUUUGACUGACCAGACAAAAGCCAUUACCGAUAUACUGGUGGCCACUGUCGGCAGCGGCGAUUGCAGCCAUAAAUAUUUGACUGACUUGUAUGUCGACGACAACGACUCGGAAACCGAUACCCAAUGUUGCGAUCAGUCAUCAGUUAAUUUACAAUUGAAUGCUAAUGUAAGCGACGAUAACAGCAGUAGUGGUGACAAAACUAAUGUCAAUGAUUUGAUCCCAUCGUCAGCACAUACCAUGAAUAUAAGGCAUAAAAAUUUGUUUGAUUAUUAAAAAUUUAUUAAAUAUUUUAA